AAUUGAAGGUCAACCAAAAUAUGAUUCCGAGGUAUAUGCUUUUGUCGUAGAGGUCUCUUGCUCAAUCCAAGAUUUAGUUCGUGGUCCCCCAAUUUUACCAAGUUUGAUCCGAUUGAGUUACACUUGUUCAAAAAAAAUGAUGGGUGUGAUAAAUAAACUCAUCGGUUCUCCACUUUCUUCACCAAAUCUAGCCCCUAAGGCUGGGAACCUGAUUGUUCAGAUCGUGGAAGACACAGCCGCACACACUGGUUCUCUUGUGGAAAAUUUAAGCAAUGAACCACAUGUCGAAGAUGACAUGAAAAGUGGGUCCAAUGUCCUGGGUACCAAUAAGUCACUCACGAUGGAGGAAAUUGUUGUUCAUCCGGUAGGUAUUUCCGAUGAUGCUUUUGUUAUUGUUACUGAUCUUGUUCCUACAGACGAUGUUGAUGAGGAUAACCACCACCAAGACCGCGAGGAAGUUUUUGGGGACAAUCUGAUUGUUUAUGGAUUCACAGAAAGCUUUUUAUUGCCUGAUGCUGAGAGAAUCCAUGAAGCACACAAGAAAAGAAUUAAGGAAAACAAAUAUCCUCAUCUCCUAUCGAGGAAAGGUUAUGCAAACAUGGAAAUGGAAUUGUCGGAAAAACACAGUGAAGAGGAGUCGGAAUUAGAUCGGUCGAUAGCGUGUGUCCUUGCAAGGAAGGACAAGCAUGGACAUUUUAAAUUUGAAAAUGUCAAAAUUCCAGUCCCAAUCGAUGAUGAAGUUGUCACUGUACAACAAGCGAUUAACACAUUUGUAGCAUGGCCUAAGGAGUUCGUAGUGAUAGAUGUGGAGCUGCCCACAAUGAGCAUUAAAAGAAGUGUCCCAAAGAAAAAUGCUGGCAAGAAAAUGAAAAAGCUAGUUCGCACAAGCAAUGAAGAUUACGAAGAGGAGUUUCAUGUUGAAUUUGGUCCUAAAUAUCCAUUUCCCUUGAAACACUUAUGGUUGUGGGAAAAGGACGCCUUAGCUGAUGACAGAUCAAUUUCUUUUCAACUUAGUGAGGAGGCUUUUGCAAUUGAAAAGAAGCUGUUAGUUUUCCUCUCUGACAUACAUGCUCUAUGCAGCGGGGGUGAUAUAGCAGGAAGUAUAAUUACAAUAUAUCUCUAUUGCCUGUACGAGUAUGUGAAAAAAUAUAGAAUGUUGGAAACCUUAGCCUUUGUGGAUCCUGGCUUGAUAGGAAGCCUAGGAUGUGGGAACUCCGGGCAGCGAUCACGCAACCUAGCAGAUUGGUUUAUGGCGGCUACUGAUGGACAAUACUUUAUCGUGCCAUCGAGUGAGGACAGUGUAGUUGUAUAUAUCGGCAAACUUGUUGACUUUUGUGUUCAAGUCACGAUAUUUGGAUGGGAUGGCAUCAGUGAGGCGGUAGGGCUCUGCGUUCAUAAUAGUGUGGAAUUGAGUAGUGCUCCUAAUCUAGAAGUCGUCCGCAUUUUGGAUUUUCCCUACUUGGCAAAGAAAAACUAAUUAUAAGUACAAAAAAUAUUAAGUAAAACUGUAAGUAAAAA